AUGGAGUUGUUUUUAGCUCAGUCACCUAUUCCUUCCUCUCAAGAGCUUGUUUCUUCUCAAGAUAUCCCCAUGUCUCAAGAACGUACAUACAAUGGAAAUUUGGCAAUUAAAAGAUCUUGCAAGGCGGCUGAAUGGGAGGUGAGAGUCGUCAAGAGCAAUCCAGAACGAUAUACGGUGAAAUGUUAUUACAAGGAGAAAUUGGAAUGCGACUGGAUGUUCCAUGCAGCUCCCAAGACUUCCAAUGUGAAGGGUCACUUAUUCCUCAAGGCCUAUAACGGGGAACAUAAAUGUUUUGCUGGUUAUAAUGAUGGAACAAAGGCUGAUCCGGUUACGCGCGAACUUAUCAAGAGUUUGAUAUUUGAGCAGAUUGAACAGAAUCCCAACAAGAAAGCCAGGGAUAUUGUUAGAGAACUCAAAAGUGAUUAUGGGUUGGAAAAACACGAUCCAGGUAGUAGGGCUGAUUUAGUUGUUGAAGGUGGCGAGUUUAAGAGUUUGUUCUUAGCCUUCGAUGCUUGCAUCUCUGGUUUCGAAUAUUGUCGCCCGGUACUGUUCUUGGAUGCAACUUUCCUAACUGGAAAAUUUAGGGGUCUUCUUAUGGCGGCUACCGGGAAGAAUGCGAAUAAUGGAAUAUUUCCUCUGGCAUAUGGUAUCGUAUCACCUGAAACUGUUGAGAAUUGGCAUUGGUUCUUGAAGAAACUAGAAUCUAUCUUGGGUCCUCGUGUACUAACUUUUAUUUCGGAUCGCCAUGAGGGUUUGAUCCAAGGGAUUCGUGAUGUUUUCCCAACUUUCUAUCAUGCUUGGUGUUACCAGCAUUUGAAGAAUAAUAUCCGCAGUAAGACCAACAAGAAAAAGGGAGAGCAUUGUGCUGCGAUGGGUUUGUUCAAAGAAUGUUUCUAUUCAUCGACUCAUGAAGGCUUUGAUCAGGGUAUGCAAAAGUUCAAGGAUAUGGGAUGUGAUGGUCUUCACAAAUUCUUGAGUGAGAUUCCAGUGGAAUAUUGGUCCAAUGCACAUUGUCUGGGAUGUCGUUACGGCGACAUGUGUUCAAACAUUGCAGAGUCCUUCAACUCUUGGAUCAAGGAAGCAAAAGGUAUGCCUAUUGCAACACUUGUUAACUGGAUCAGACUUAAAAUUAUGGAACAGAUGAGUACAAGGAAGAGGAAGGGGGCGACAUAUAAAGGAUUCAUUUGUCCCAGGCUAGAGAAAAAAGUGUUGGCUUCCAUUCGUGCUGGUGUCCAGUGGAGAAUAACCAAGUCUGGUGACAUGGAGUGGGAAGUUUUUGAUGGAAAGCACACGCAUGCUGUUAAUAUUGCGAGGUUUCAGUGCAGCUGUAGGGUUUGGUUUACUGAGCAGUUCCCUUGUGAUCACGCUAUGCGUCCCAUUCCUGAUUACGACAAGCCUAUUGAUGUUGGUACUGGAGAUCUCGUGAACCCACCAACUGUCGUAGGAAAAAAACAUGGUAGGCAGAAGAAGAAGCGGAUUCCUAACACAGGUAGUACAAGUUUCAAGAGACCAAUUACGUGCGAUAACUGCCAUACUCAGGCACAUCAUAACAAGACGACGUGUCCUCAUCCUCCUGCGAAAAAACAGCGUUAA